AUGUUCAAUCGCCGUAGAUACAAUCGAAAGCCUGGCAGGCGAAGAAGCUUUCGGCCCAAAGUUCGAAGAAAAGGGGCGAUUCUUCGGCCCCUUGAGCCACAACAUAGUGCUCCACCAAAGCCUGAGUUUGACGCAUCUGGUGCUGCUCCAUAUUCGUGGCUGCAUUUUCCUCAGAGUGGUCCCAAACAAGAUAAAUGCUCAAAACUCAAAGUUUUGUCUUUGCGAGAGAUCUGUGCUCGAGCUCUUGCUGUAAAUGCGGACGCUUUAGAACCCUCAUACAUGAGUAUGUGUUCGUGGGCGUGCUGGAAACACGUAUGGACGAUGAUCUGCUACUUGAACUUGGAUUCGCCGGCCAUCUUCAGGAUGUUUGCUAAGCAUUUUGGUCUGGCGCCAGACUUCAAGUGCCAUCACGUUUUGAAGAACAAUAAAUGUGCACGUUCUCUGGCUCUCCUGUGCUCAAUCAUUCCUACUCGCAGCCACAGAAUUGAUAACGUCUUCUUCAAUAUUUCCCACAAAGACUUUGUGAGUUUUCUAUCUGGUAUAGACUCUCACGUUGUUUUGGAUUGCUCCUUACUCAAGGAUUUGACCGGCGAAGAUGUAAUUAAAUUUUGCAACCUUGCCAAUUUGACCGCCUUAGACCUUUCCCACAACGAUUGGGUCAAUGAUCAAUUCCUAUACACGUUAGGUCGAGCAAUGAUGUUCAAAAACAUGAAUAAGUUCAAGAUACUACGCAUGACCAAUUGUCCGAAUGUUACUGAAGAAGGGUUUUAUCGAUUUUUGAAGGAACUUCUGGCAUCGCUUGCAUUCAUUGUAACUGAUAUCAGACCUCUCAACAGGUCUCUUUUUGUUGAUCAAAUGGAGAGAAAACUGGAAAUUCCUGUCCCAGGUGCACCCUGGAAAAUUUUGCAGGAGCAGAGUGUCCAUCAUGACAGACUCGUGAAAUAUAACUUGUCCACUGCAGCUCAUUAUCUUCUGAGAAACACUGAUAUUAUAGAGAUUUCUUCAUCAACACUAAUUUGGGACAUAAAGAUGUUUCCAUCGGUGGUGGAAGCUAGACAAUUAGGAGAGUUUUAUGAAUUGUUGAGGGAUUCAUGGAAGAAACGUGAAAAGUUGGCACUACUGCGUCCAGCUCAUGAUCCAAUUCUAUACCUCAGAAGCGAUAAAGAUGAGCCCAUCAACGUCAAGAUUGAACAUAUGGUUUCGUUGCCUUCGAGCAAUCAAUCAUCGAUCACUCAAAGGGUGCCUCGUAGGCGACCGAAAUUCAUGAUUAAGGACACAAAGACAUUCCUUGGGUUGAAGUAG